UCUGUAGCUUUUCCGAAACACUCACCAAAGAACCGAAAGAGGGCGGGUGAAGCGGACAAGUAGAGUCUCCUUGCAUACGUGCAUUCCUGUGUAGACUUGCUUUCUGUCCAUUUUUAAAACGCAAACUCGAUUACGCCACCGCUGUCGCACUCUGACUUUGUCUCGUCGACUACGGCGUUCGUUGAUGUUUCCCGAGUCCCGGUGCAUAGUUGCUAACAACGGUCAUCCUGCCAGUUUUUUGCCAUCGCACGUUUUCCCUGUUUUCUUCCGUAUUGUCGAGGAGCGCUGCGCUGUUUCGUUACUGAGAAGAACUGUUUUUUUGGCAUUUCCUGGUGAGCGAUCCCUACGUUUUCGCUUGUAGUUUCUUUUUGCCGCCGUGCUGUUGAUCCGAAUCUUGCGAACCCACAAGGGCGUCCCUGAUACUUCUGCCUUCGAAAACAAACCAGAAAUGGCGCGAACUAAGCAGACUGCACGUAAAUCGACAGGCGGGAAGGCUCCUAGGAAGCAGCUGGCAUCGAAGGCAGCGCGGAAGAGCGCUCCGAUGUCAGGCGGUAUCAAGAAGCCGCACAGAUACAGACCCGGUACCGUGGCCCUGCGUGAAAUCAGGAAAUUUCAGAAGAGCACGGAUCUCCUCAUCCGCAAGUUGCCCUUCCAGCGCUUGGUCCGAGAGAUUGCCCAGGAUUUCAAGACGGAUCUUCGAUUUCAGUCCCAAGCAAUCCUUGCUCUGCAGGAAGCGGCGGAAGCGUACUUGGUUGGAUUAUUCGAAGACACCAAUCUGUGCGCGAUUCACGCGAAGCGCGUUACUAUCAUGCCCAAGGACAUUCAGCUGGCGAGGCGAAUCCGAGGCGAGAGGUCUUAAUUUCUUGACGUGAGAAAACGUGCCCUGGGCGGUGCUGUCAUAACCACCAGCCGAAGCAAACCGAGUUGAAUGGCUUAUAAACUGAUCAAAGGUUAUCGCAGGGAGGCGGCGCUGUGGCCUCCCGUUGGCGAGCGUGGGGGGAUUUAUGCUCUAAACCGUGGGAUGGAUAGUUCUUAACGCAGAAAAGUACAAGAUCGGGAAAUCGAGUGUGACUUGCUGUAUUUUAGACCGUGUAAAAUGGGACAUAAGGGACGUAUCUGUGGACAUUCAGAUAGCCGUCAGUGUGUGUGUACAGCUUGCAGUGAGACGAAUCCCAGGAGUCCUUGGCGAUUCAGGCUUUGGCCUGUGGCUUCUUGCACAAUUCCUUUUCCGUCCAGCGGCUCUCGGUGAACUCGUAGUAGAUCGUUCCUUUUAACUGAGAUGUCAGUCGAAGUGCCCGCUUACUUUUUGGCUUAAAAUACGGAACCAAAUGUAAAUAUAUGUAUGUGUAUACAUAUGCGGAAAUCUACCUUUUCACAUACACCUUGGAACCCAUGCCUCCGGCACGCCGUCGUAGGAAGCGAACAGCGCGACAAACGCGAGACAACCGCACCGUCACAGCAAAACAUUUCCUUCCGUUGACAGUUACUUUAAAGGAGACAGCCCUCAGUACCACAAGCUGAGCCCUCCCGCGACAUCUCGCGCGCCCGCAUACAUUUUAUCCAGUUUUUCUCUUCAUGUUUUCAUCUGUGAACAAACACCCGUGCUCCGGAGGUGCGUGCUUCAUGAAAACUCGACAGGGGUGAUUCAUGUCUUUUUCACCCCGUCGGCUGCCGCAGUUCUGAACGAUACGCUUUGUGGCACGCUUGCUACACAAAAGGAGGCGACGCACAAGUACUUCCACGGAGCUAUUCCAGAUGUGGCCAGUGUAGAUGUUCUCCCAUGUGUUGACAUUCGAAAAUUAAGUUUCCAUCCGUGGGGGGAGUGCCGGUUUUGGGGGCAGGACGUUUGCGUUUCUGGAGGGCCUUCAGUGACACAGCUGAACUUGAUGGGGAACAUCUCGCUGGAGUGUAGACGACACAAAAGCAGCCGGCAGUUGUGUAGAGACGGGAAGCAUCGCAGAGAAUUGAGUCACGGAGAAAGUGUUUCAGAUGUGUGUUGCCGCUCUAGGCCGCUUGCCAAGCGUAAGGAAACGU